UAAUCUUUUCCUGUGCCUUCCACUCUCACUCCGACCUCUUUGCUGUGAGUUCCAGAUCCCAGCCAGAACUUGGAUCAAGCAUGAAGAUCUUUUGUCUUCUGUUUGCUCUUAUGCUCCUACCAUGCCCAGCGAUUUCAGCAAAUAUACGUGGCGAUACUGUUGCUUGCAAGAGGGACUUCAAUUUUUGUGCCACUUUGAUCUGCCCCUUCUUCUACAAAGCAAGUGGAACUUGUUACAACCAAAAGCAGAAAUGCUGCAAACCCUGGAUAUAAAGUAAAUCCUGCAAUCCUCCAGGAACAGGUCUUUCCCAUGAUCUGACGAUAUACCUGCGACCCUCACCUUCCUAUCUGUGUAUCUCUAGCAAUGCAUCUAAUUUAAAUAAACGCAUAUGUAUUA